AGAUCCGUCCCUUAGAUUAUAGCUCACGCGAAACUCCAGUCAUGCGGCUGUGGCGAUUGAGUCUACGAGAUUCGAGGACACGUGUACGAAGAAAACCCUAUUAUAAAUCUCCGUUCCUGCCGAGAAUCUUCGUUAUCGUAAAGUAUGAUAAUCCGAGAUAAUUGUAUGCACAAUCGUGACGAACGAAUGAACGUAAGCAAACAGUGAACGAAUUAACGAUCGUUACGCCCGAACAGAUAACAGAGUGUAAAACCUUUGACACUCUGUCACGUGCGUCACUGAAAGCCGAUGAAUCUUUCGCCUUCGGCUGAUAACUCCAUCAUCACCAGAAAUAAGUGGUAGAUGGCAAAUGCGCGCGUACGACGACAUAUCCGGCGAUAAAUGCGAAACUGACGGCGACAGGACUCGGUGAUUUUGUAGAUAGGACAAACAAGAGAGGAUGGAGAAGGACAACGUUAGACAUUAUAGAGCUUACGAGGGCUUCAAGCCGGCGAAUAACGGCAACACCUCGUCCCUAAAGAGAUCGACGUCGGAACGCUCGAAGACGCACCCAUCUCGCCAAGUGAGGUGUUUGUGCUUCGGCGGUGUGCCUGACAAAGCCAGUCAGCAUUCUUUCUUGAAGGGGUUUAUCAUAAACAUCGGAAUAUGCUCCCUUCUUGUGGCUUACACCUUAUUGGGCAGUUUCAUCUUUCUGGCUAUCGAGAGUGGGACCAUUGACGGUGUCGGCCUGCAACAGAGGACCCUGGCCACGACGAUAGCUGGAAAUCAGCACACCAGGAGGAACACCAGCGCUUGGAUAAAACAGCUGAAUCACGAGGCCCGGACGAAGACCGUGGAGAACAUAUGGAUAAUCACGGAGCAUUUGAACGUUCUCUACCGUGAGAACUGGACGAAAUUGGCCGACCAGGAGAUCGCACGAUUUCAGGAGCAACUAGUGAAAAGGAUCACGGAGGACAUGAUGGCGACCCAGAAUGCCGGGACGUACACCGGGAGUUCUACCAGCGAAACUGUAACGGAACGCCGUGUGCCGGAAUACGAAUGGAACUUUGCAAAGGCGUUUCUCUAUUCUCUGACAGUACUCACCACAAUCGGUUGCGGAAGUAUCGCGCCGAAAUCUACUUGGGGCAAAGUUGCUACAAUGGGUUACGCCAGUCUUGGGAUACCCUUGACCUUGGUCUACCUGUCUAGUGCGGGAGGUCUCUUGUCGAGAUGCGCCAGAGGUGUUUUCACCCGAGCUCUCUGUUGCUGCCUCUGUUCGAAUUGCGGCUAUUGUUGUUACGACGAGAGGCGGAUGCAGGAUAAAGAGCGACGAAUGAGAAAGAAGCGACAGCAGGAGGAGCUGGCGCAGCAGCAGCAGCAACAGUUACAGCUGCAGGAGCCCUUUUACGUUCGCGCGAAUGCAUCGACGUUCACUAGCACCGUGGAAAUUAAAGCCAGCCCGAAAGACGAAGUUUCGAGCCUUGGCUCCGGCGACAGACCGAAUGUUACCAUACUCGCACCAAUCAGUAUCUGCCUUGGCGCGAUGCUGUGCUACAUCAUUGCUGGAGCAUUCACUCUGCAUAAAUUGGAUGGUUGGUCAUUCAUAGGUAAGUUCCUAUAUGUAAGCAUGAUAUAUGUAGUCGACAUGGUGCCCGGUUCUUAUCCUCGCCACACCCUCGCCAACUCGAGAAACGUGACAGUCUGGUUUUGCUCCUGCUAUAUAAUGUCAGGAAUGGCCCUGACGGCGAUGUGCUUCAACAUCCUCCACGACGAGAUUGUCCAUCGGCUGAGUCACCAAACAGACAAGUCGGAACCGGUGAAGCCGAGCUCGUCCGUAGACGAGCUGUCGACGGAUCCGUUUGCUCUGACCUCGUGACAAUUUCCGUCGGGCAAUCUGUGCCACAGGAACGGCACCGACGAGAACAAUAUAUGUGGCACGGAACCACCCACCAAUAUAUUCGCGCACGAGAAUGAGAUCAACAUCCUA